AUGCGUCUCUCCACCACUGCCGUUCUCGCCGCGCUCUGCUCAGCAGCUUUAGCUCAAAACCUCCUCGACCAGCUGCCAAAAUGCGCUCGAGACUGCUUUGGUAACAGCUUCGGUAACUGCGCGCCCCUCGAUAUUCCUUGCAUCUGCGGGAACCAAACACGCAUUGCAGCGCUCUCCUGCUGCGUCUCACAAACGUGCGAGGACAAGGACGAAGAGAACACAAUCAAGUUCGCUAGGGACAUCUGCUCAGCGAACGGCAUCACCGUGCCUACCCAAGCAUCUUGCGCCGCCUCUCAGACUGGAGCUCCGUCCACGGCACCACCGAGUUCUGCCGCUACCAGCGGCGCGAGUACUGCAGCGAGCUCUGCAGCGAGCUCUGGAGCGCCCCAAAGCUCCGCUGCGACGGCUGCCACCCAGAGUCCGGGCGCUGCUCCCACGCCAUUGGUAGCUAAAGGUAUUGGUAUGGGAUUGGUCGCGGUUGCUGGUGGCCUGCUCGCUGCUUUGUAG